AUGGGACAACAAACCUUCGAAGAUAAUGAAGAGAUUAUUUAUUCGUCAUAUCUUGUAAAAAAACCCACCGUCUCGAAGUCUAUUUCAUCCACGAAACAAUUGGCAAAGAACUGGACUAAUUGGAGUGUCAAGAAGACGAAAUACAAUCACAAGUACUGGUGCGUCUUAAGGAAGACGCAAUUCAGUUAUUAUAAGGAUGAGUCUGAGAGGGUUGCCGAGAAAGUUAUUCCGAUACAAGAUAUUUUGGGAUGCAGAGCGUACGGGGAUAACAAGCUUGAUAUCUUCACGAAGGGGAUGACUUUACGAUUCAAAUCUCCAGAUGCAGAUGUAAUCCGUAGUUGGGUACAGUCCAUCAACGAGUUAUUACCACACUUGAACAAUUAUGGCUCUGAAUCUGACCUUGAGAUUGCAGAAUCCGAUGACGAACAAAUUGAAGGGGAACAAGCUGAUGAACAUGGGAUACAGAAAACAACUCAAGUCGUUAAAGAAAAUAAAGAUACCAAUUCCACUUCUGAUAUAAAAUCUAUUAAUAACGGAGUUGUCGAAGAAGACAAGAAGUUUUUCGAGUUUUAUGACGCCUUAAAACCUUCGCAUCUAAUUCAAUCCGGUGUAAUACAUGCCAAGAAUAAAAGAUCUCUAACUGGAAGGAAAUGGAAAUCCUAUAAAUGUGAACUUACAAAUAGGUCUUUAAAACUUUAUUCGAUCAAGACUGGUGACUGUAGGUAUUCUGUUCCAAUGGAGAAUGUAGUUGACUGUAUUGAAGUGGACAGUAAAGAUCCUUUAUUCGCAGUAAUCACUUUCAACCAAAGGCUAAAACUAAAAGCUAAUGAUGAAGAUGAAUUAGUAGAUUGGAUCAUAAAUACAAAGAGUUGCGUAAUGGUUAGAAACUCAUUAGCAGCACACACAAAAAGAAGUUGA